CUCUGUAGAGUGUUCUUUGCCUUUUUAAUCAGAAAAGAGAGCACGGUCCGAAACAGUUUUGCCCCGUGACAUAAAAUUCGUCGCCCUCAAUUCAGAACAUUCUGCCUCGCUUGAGCAGGUCACUCGCUCAUCAAGGAUACCUAGUGAAUGAUUAAAGCUGAGCACCGGUAUCCCACCCCUCGUUCGAACAUUGCGGUACGUAUUAGAAGGCUACGAAGGACAGCCGUGAGUCAUGCCACCAGUUGAAGAUGACGUGGACGAAGACUUCCGGCCGCGACUACUGAGCAAGCAGCCCGGCGUUACCAUCAUAGAACUCGACCCUGGGAUGGUUCGGAAGUAUGGCGAUGGCGUUACGCGCAAUGAAGAAGCAGCUUUGCGAGUUGUGAAGGAAAAGGCCACAGUGCCUGUCCCCGAGCUGCAUGGCGCGGACUACUUCAUCAUUCAAGGAGAAGAACAUGGUAGCUUCCUUAUGGACUUGACCGAAGGUUGUACACUGCGAAGCCAGUGGGACAGCUUUGGUGAUAGCACUAAAGAUCGCAUUUGUCGCGAGAUCUGGGGAAUAGUUGAGCAACUGCGACGUAUUCCACCGCCGGCGUCGUUCAGUCACCUCUUCCAAUGUGGAGCUGACGGUUCUCCAAGCCAAGACGUCCUGCUUAGGGACCUUCACGAUCCGCCAGCCCCGAUCGAGACUGACGAUGUGCUGAGGGCCCGGAUUUACGAACGAUAUCUUCACUACAAUGGCGGGUCAUUCCCAGAGAACCUUCCGGAUCACUUACCUCGCUCGUCCGCCUCUGUUUUCACACACGGCGAGCUCAAACCGCGCAAUAUCAUGGUUGAUAGUUCUGGUGGGAUAGCUGGCAUACUAAACUGGGAACUUGCUGGCUGGUACCCAGAUUAUUGGGAAUUAUGCAAAUAUUCAGCAGCCCUCAAAUGAUUGGGAUUGGAUGGGAUGGAUGGACCGAACAAAGCCUAGUGAAUGGGACAUCACUGGUAUCGCGAUGGCAAGGCGAGUACUCUUUUAAGCGAAGGGACGUGGAAGGCUCCUCGCAUUGAGAGGCAAGGACAGCCUCAAUUGACCAUACUUGCUAAUAGGAGGGGCUAUCAAGCAUACCACAUCUGUUAUUAAGCAUACCUGGUGGAGUCCAGUGUGGCGUGAUCUACCAAUUGCUUGUGAGGCUGCCU